AUGGAAGAUCAACCUAUGGAUGAUCACAUGGCAGAGGAGGAUAUCCAGGUGAAUGUGACUAGCAACGGGGGAAAAAAGAAGGAAGAGUCAGGUGAUUCAUCUAACAGGAAGUUGGUGUCAUAUAAAGAUUCUCUUCUUGGUUUUAAUGGAGGACCCCAUGUUGCUGAUAGCGAUGAGGAAGAUUGGGUAGAAAAACUACGUAAGGAAGAGGACGAAGAAGAAGGGGAUGAGGUCUUUGUUACGGUUGAUGGUGAGGAGGAUCCUCUUUGCCCAACGUACUCUUUUCCAAAAGCCUUGCAUUUAGAAGGUUGCAGACCUUGGAAACAGGCAGUGAUUGUGAAACUUCUGGGGAAGAAAGUUGGAGUUAGAUUCUUACUCAAUCGUUUACUAAGAAUGUGGAAUAUCUCAGGCACAUAUGAGUUCAUUGAUCUGGAGAAUGACUACUUUUUGUUCCGAUUUUCAAAUAAGAAUGAUUACUCUCAUGUUUUGGAGGAUGGUCCUUGGAUCAUAGCUGAUCAUUAUGUGGUAGUUCAACGGUGGCGUCCAUUUUUUAAUCCUUAUGAUGAUGAGAUCAGAAAGCUGGCAGUUUGGAUUCGUAUUCCAGGACUUCCUAUUGAAUUCUAUACCUCUCAUCAUUUGUGGAAUAUAGGUAGUAUUUUUGGUCGCACAUUGAUGAUUGAUAGGAACUCUAUCAGGAAACGUUAUUCUGGUGAAGGUGAUAUUACAGAGAGAGCAAAGUUUGCUAGAAUUUGUGUCGAAGUUGAUCUUAGGAAAGGCUUUUUGUCCAAAUUCCGGAUUGCUGAUCGUAUCUUCCAUGUUGGAUAUGAGGGUCUCCACUUAGUUUGUUUUGCUUGUGGAAAGUAUGGGCAUAGAAGGGAUCAGUGUUCCCAUAGUAAUCUUCAACAAGAUACUACGGCUUAUUCUCCUGAAGUUUCUGACUCGGUGGUGCAUAAGCAGCCGGAAAAAGAUUCCGUUCCGGCGAAGGAGGAACCGUUUGGGAAUUGGAUGCUAGUGCAGCGUAACCGUCGAUCAAGGAGCAUAGCACAAUCAAAGGAGGAAUCAAGGAGCAUAGCACAAUCAAAGGAGGAAUCAUUACCAUCGGGUAGGAGACAAGUUGGCGUUGUUAAUAAUGCAGUGUUACGUAAUAAGGCAGUUUCCAAUUCUCAUCCUAAUCACAGACAGGUCAUUCAAUCAGGUUCAAGAUUUCAAGCUAUUGCUGAGUUGACUCAAAAGGAUAAUAAUAUCUUAAUUAUUUCUGAUUCUCCAGUGAUUGAUUCAAUCAGCAUUGAAUCUGGUCUGACACGAAUUAAUUGCUCAUAA